AUGAAUGGCACGGCCGAGCCCAAUGGCGCACCGUGCAACGGGGAACCCCAGAUCCCGCAGCCAAUUGCCAUCAUUGGGUAUGCCUGUCGACUAUCCGGCCAGGUUUCCUCCCCCGGUGACUUAUGGGAGCUUUGUACAAGAGCCCGAAGCGGCUGGGUGCCCAUCCCCAAGGACCGGUUUUCGCAUGGCGCCUACCAUCACCCUAAUCCUUCGAAGCCUGGUACUCUCAACCCCGCGGGCGGUUACUUUCUAGAUGAGGACGUUUCCCGUUUCGAUGCACCCUUUUUCAAUGUCACCGUGCAAGAGGCGAUUUCUAUGGACCCUCAGCAGCGCAUGCUUCUGGAGUGCUCCUACGAAGCUUUGGAGAGUGCUGGCAUUCCCAAGGAGUCUCUCGCAGGUCGCGAUGUCGGCGUCUUUGUUGGUGGCAAUUUCUCAGAUUAUGAGCUCAAUAAUUGCCGGGAUAUUGAAACCGUUCCUCCUUUUCAAGCUACUGGCAAUGCAAAUGCCAUGCAAUCCAAUCGGAUUUCAUACUACUUCGACCUAGCAGGUCCUAGUAUGACAUUCGAUACGGCCUGUUCGUCUUCCCUAGUGGCCUUGCAUUAUGCCGUUCAGAGCUUGAGGAGUGGUGAAUCAAAGGAGGCGCUGGUUGGCGGAUGCAGAUUGAAUCUACUUCCUGACUUUUUCGUUUCUAUGUCCAUGUCACAAUUGUUUAACGACGAGGGGAAAACAUAUGCUUUUGACGAAAGAGCCAAGUCCGGCUUCGCGCGCGGUGAGGGCGCCGGCGUUGUGCUCCUCAAGCCUCUCGACGCUGCGAUUCGCGACAAAGACCCUAUCCGGGCGGUAAUUGCUAAUUCUGGAGUGAACCAAGACGGGAGAACCAAGGGUAUCACUUUGCCAAACGAACAUGCACAGGAGCAAUUGAUCCGUCGUGUAUACCGUGAAGCCCACCUUAACCCGGAAGACUGCGGCUUUGCAGAGAUGCACGGUACAGGCACGAAAGCCGGAGAUCCCAUCGAGGCACGAGCGGUGCAUGCAGCCCUUGGAGGAGGUCGGACAGCCCGGAACCCGCUUUACAUCGGAUCAGUCAAGUCCAACAUUGGCCACUUGGAAGGUGCCAGCGGCAUCGCUUCCAUUAUCAAGACGGCCAUGAUCCUUGACAAGGGAUUGCUGCUACCAAAUGCCGACUUCAAGAAGCCCAAUCCGAAUAUCCCAUUGACAGAGUGGAAUAUGAAGGUUGUCACCAGUACUCGUCCUUUUCCACGGGGCAAGAAGUACGCCAGUGUCUCCAACUAUGGCUUUGGAGGAACCAAUGCACACGUCGUUCUCCAAAGACCGCCUCCACCAGAUCGGGCGGAGGAUGAUGCAGGCGUGGAGGGAGAUCCAAAGAGCAGGUUGUUCUUGAUCUCGGCCAAUGAUAAGGAAUCUCUCCGAACGAGAAUCCAAGACUUUGGAAUCUACUUCGAGCAGCGGCCAGAAGUGUUCGAGAACUCCCUCUUCGGCAACUUUGCGCAUACCCUCGGAACCAAGUUGUCCCAUCUUUCGUAUCGUGUUGCUUUGUCUGCAUCUUCGUUGGACGAACUGGGUGUCAAGAUGGCGCAACUGAAAGCCAAUCCUAUACGAGUACUUGGAACCCCCACAGUCGCCUUUGUUUUCACUGGACAGGGUGCUCAAUGGGCCCAGAUGGGUAUUCCCCUCAUGGGUGAAUAUCCCGUCUUUUCAAAGGCUAUUGAACGCGCAGACAAAUGUCUUCGUGACCUGGGGGCGGAAUUCUCCCUGGUUGAAGAGCUACAGAAGGAGGCUGCAGUCUCCGAUAUCAACUCUCCCCAUCUGAGCCAACCUGCUUGCACAGCUCUCCAGAUUGCACUCACCGAUCUUCUCCGUUCAUGGGGUAUCCAGCCCUCUUCAGUCGUGGGUCACAGCUCCGGUGAGAUCGGUGCUGCCUACGCCGCUGGCAUUUUUGACUUGGAGGGAGCCAUGGCGCUUGCCUACCGUCGUGGCCAGAUGACCUCGUUGCUGAAGAGCUCUUACCCUCUCCUGAAGGGUACAAUGAUUGCCGUUGGAGCCAGUUCCGAUGCUAUCAAGCCAAUGCUCAAGACCAUGCGCGGCUAUGCCACGGUGGCGUGUGUGAAUAGUCCCUCCAGUGUGACUGUUUCCGGAGACGCAGACGCGAUCGAUGAGCUCGAGACUGUCCUACAGCAGAGGCAGCUCUUUAAUCGAAAGCUGAAGAUCGAUGUUGCCUACCAUUCAGACCACAUGAAGAAGGUGGCAGAGGCAUAUCUCUCUGCUAUUGGUUCCAUCUUGCCCUCUUCGUCCGCAACCGCGACAUUCUUUUCGUCUGUCACUGGUGAGAUCGCCGAACCAUCUGAUCUAGCUCCAUCAUACUGGGUGGCCAAUUUGACUUCUCCCGUGUUGUUUGCCAACGCACUGGCCAAGAUGUGUAACGACGUAGAGAAGCGUCCCAACCUCCUUCUUGAGCUUGGUCCCCACUCCGCCCUCAAGGGUCCAAUUCUGGACACUUUGAAGAGCCUGGGCUCAUUCGCCUCCAAGAUUAGUUAUGCCCCUACCGUGCUCCGCAAUGCCGAUCCGGCCCAGUCUAUGCUGGAUGCUGCAGGUGCCGUAUAUGUGCGCGGUGGAAGCCUCAACAUCACAGAAGUCAACUUCCCCGUGAGCGGUGCCCGUAAUCGAUCUUUCUUGCGCGACUUGCCCAAGUACCCCUGGCAGCAUGGAACACGGUACUGGCAUGAAAGUCGCAUCGCAGACGUACACAGAUUCCGCGAUGGAAAGCGAAACGAUGUCCUGGGAACACUGGCUAUGUACUCGAACGAUCUUGAGCCCACAUGGCGCAACAUUGUCCGUCUGGACGAUGUUCCCUGGCUUCGGGAGCACAAGAUGCAGGGUAUGAGUGUUUAUCCAAUGGCUGGAUAUUUGGCUAUGGCCAUUGAAGCUGCACGCCGACGCGCCGAGUCCCAUGAGAAUCCAUUCUCGCAGUUCGAAUUCCGCGAGGUUACCGUUGGUGCUGCACUCGUCCUGACCGACGACGUAGACGCUGAAACUAUCAUCUCCUUGAAGCCUUAUGCUGAAGGUACCCGCGGGAACUCGGAUAUCUGGGAUGAAUUCCGUAUCAGCUCAUGGACAACCAAGCGAGGCUGGACAGUGCACUGCUCAGGCAUGAUUCGCACCCGCUCCAACCAGAAGCAGCAGACAUCAGUCUCCAACAUUGUUGAGACUGAGGGCAAGUACUUCCGCGGCCAGAUUGACAGAGUCAUGGAACAAGCAACAUACAAGAUUGACAUACACAACAUGUACCAAGUCCUUACCGAUAUUGGUGCCGGUUAUGGCCCUUGCUUCCAGGGUCUGGAGAAUGUCUUCUCAAGCCCCCAUUACUCGCGUGGAGACUUGUACGUUCGGGAUACCAAGUCCGUGAUGCCUAAGAAUUUUGAGGCUCCGCUGACCAUUCAUCCCACCUUCUUGGACGCGCUAUUGCAUCUGACCUGGCCUAUUCUCGGCCAAGGCCGUAUGGAACUAGAAACGCUGUACAUGCCGACUAUGCUCAAAAGCUUGAUGAUCUGCGACCAGAUACCCUCUACUCCAGGCGCAUCUGUCAAAGCUUGGUGCAAUGGUGGGCCCUGCCAAGCUAAUGCAGAGCCAACGAAAUUCGAUCUUUGGGUGACAACCGAGGAUUCGACCGAAGUCUUGAUCAACAUCGAAGGUUUGGUCAUGACUCCACUGAAGGACGCGGGCGCUAUUAGUGGUGAAAAUGUCCGUGGCUUGUGCUACAAGUUUGAGUGGAAGUCUCUUGCCGAACUUGAGCAGGAGACUGCUGCGAAAUCCCAAGAGCCCAAUGGUCAUUUCAAUAGCAUGAACGGACAUGCGAAUGAGCCGAAUGGGGGACUCACAAAUGGCGAUGUCCUGAAUGGGUUGACCAAUGGUCAUCUCAGUCCAGAUGAGAAGCCGCAUAUUAAUGGUAAUGGCAUCCAGAAUGGCUGCCACUUGACCGACAUUGUGAUCACACAGUUCGGCAAGUCCGACGGUAUCGCAGACAAACUGAAUGAUGCUAUUCAAAACCAGAGCAAUGACUGGAAGCCCUCUAUCUCCAGCUUCGAUGAGAUCGACGCAACUGGCAAGCACGUUGUCGUCCUCCAGACCGGGGCCCGCUCUCUUCGCAACCUCACUACAGAGUCCUUUGAAGAUAUCAAGAAGACUCUGCUGAACGCUUCCAAUAUUCUUUGGGUGUACCGUCUUGACAACCCAGAUGCUCAGAUGAUCGUCGGUCUUACCCGAAGUCUGCGUGCCGAAACAUUGGCAAAGGCUGCAACUCUCGGUCUCGAAACUGAAGAUCUCGAGAACCCCGCCACUCCCAUCAUGGCUGCUGUCACUUCUCUGUGGUCUGUUGACAAUCCGAAGCCCUGCGAGGACUUUGAGUUCCGGGCUAAGGGCGCCGAGUUGUUCGUCCCACGUGCCUUGACCAACCAAGCCGCAGACGUAUUCGUCCAUAACGAGACUCAUGAGUUGACCAUCUCGUCUCAGCCAUUCCAGCAGCCUGGUCGUCGCUUCAAGCUCCAAAUCGGCAAUCUCGGUGCCCUGGAUACGCUGUACUUUGCGGAUGAUGUGGUCGAGCUAUUGGCUGAUGAUGAUAUCGAGAUUGAGGUCAAGGCCACUGGUCUGAACUUCAAGGAUAUCGUCGUUACAAUGGGUCAACUCGCGCAGCCGUACAUCGGUAUCGAGUGCAGUGGCAUUGUCUCGUCUGUCGGCAAGAAUGUUCAGCACCUUCAGGUCGGCCAGCGAGUCAUGGCCCUGCCGCUGGGUGGUUACUCCACCUAUGCUCGCUGCAAAGCUACCAGUGCUGCCCCUAUCCCCGAAAACAUGUCCUUUGAGGUCGGUGCCACUGUGCCAGUCGUCUUUUGCACAGCUUACUAUGCGCUCUUCGACCUCGGGCAUUUGCAAGAAGGGGAGCGAAUCCUGAUCCACGCCGGUGCUGGUGGUGUCGGACAGGCAGCAAUCAUGCUGGCACAGAUGAUUGGAGCAGAGAUAUUCGUGAGUGUCGGCAGUGUGGAGAAAAAGCAAUUCCUCAUGACCCAGUACGGAAUUCCUGAGGACCACAUUCUCUACAGUCGUGAUACUUCGUUUGGCCGUGGUAUCCGCCGCGCGACGAACAACGAAGGCGUGGAUGUAGUUAUCAACUCACUCGCCGGCGACCUUUUGCGCGAAACUUGGGAAUGUCUAGCUCCAUUCGGCCGAUUCGUUGAGAUUGGCAAGGCUGAUAUCACCAGGAACACUCGCCUGGACAUGCUGCCAUUUGAGUACAACGUCAGCUUUGCUUCUGUCGAUUUAACCAAGGUGGCUCUGCACCGCCCGAAGCUGAUGAAGCGUCUUUUGGAGAAUGUCACGGAGCUAAUGGCCAAGGAAUCUGUGCGGCCUAUCUUGCCGCUGACCACGUACCGCAUCUCUGAGCUGGAGACUGCGUUCCGCACGUUGCAGACCGGUAAGGCGAUGGGUAAGAUCGUGGUUGUUCCUCAUCAGGAUGAUUAUGUCAAGGCUGUUGCACCCAAGACUGGCUCUUCUCUGUUGAAGGCUGAUGCUUCUUAUAUUCUGAUCGGUGGCACUGGUGGUCUGGGACGAAGUAUGGCUAGGUGGAUGUCCUCCAAGGGCGCCAGACACAUUGUUCUGGUUUCUCGGAGUGCAUCAGUGAAUGAACAGGUCCAAGCUCUGAUUAACGAGCUGGCUGUCGAUGGCACACACGUUGUCGUCAAGCCAUGCGAUGUGAGCAGCAAGCCAUCAGUCGAGAAUCUUGUCAAGGAAGAAAUGAAAGAUCUUCCUCCAGUCCGUGGUGUUGUCCAUGGCGCCAUGGUCCUUCGGGAUAUUCUCUUCGAGAAAAUGACUCUGGAUGACUUCCAAGCCGUCAUAGCCAGCAAAGUCGACGGUGCCUGGAACUUGCAUGAAGUUCUCGCCGACUAUCCUCUGGACUUCUUCGUGGCUCUCUCCUCGGUUGCCGGUGUCAUCGGUAACCGUGGUCAAGCAGCCUACGCCGCUGCAAACGUUUUCCUCGAUGGUUUCAUGGAGUACCGGCGCUCAUUGGGCCUCCCGGGUACAUCCAUUGACUUAACUGCCGUCCGGGAUGUCGGGUAUCUCGCCGAAGUCGACAUCAAACGGCAACAAGAAGUACUGAAGAACAUCGGUACAGAUGGCAUGGAUGAAGCGGAGGUGCUCGCACUGCUAGCCGCCGCGAUCACAGGCGACAUUGCAGACUCCUGCUCGGGCCAAUUCAUCGUCGGCCUCGAGCUCAGCACACUAGACCACUUCUGGGCGCAGGACGCCAAGUUCAGUGUUCUCUAUGAGACCGCGAAGGCGGCCCAUGGCUCAGGAACUGCCGGUGGAAGCGGUCCAUCCGCACCGCUGAAUGUGCUCCUUGCCAAUGCGGGCUCCAAGGAGGAGGCGCUACACAUCUGCUAUGAAGCGCUCGCGGUCAAGCUGGCACAGGUACUGGUGAUCUCGCUGGAAGACAUGGAUCCAUCGAUCACAGUGGCCUCGUUGGGUUUGGAUUCACUUGUGGCGAUUGAAAUCCGUAAUUGGAUUGCGCGCGAGGCCAACGCUAAUGUGCAGGUGUUGGAGUUGUUGUCGAGCGGAUCUUUGAUGGCGCUAGCUGAGAUUAUUUUGAAUAAGUCGCAGGUUUGA